CCAGCAUCCCGCUGUUCAACAUCAACCACGCCUUCUUCCACCACGACCGACGGUGCCGAGACGCACUCCGAAGAAUGGCCUUUUGAAGGGCUAAUAAUCACCUUAUAUCGAACGUGCGACAAGUCGACGGCCACGCCAAAGAUUCUUCAUACGCCACAUCAACUCAGGCAGCCCUUUCGCCACAAUGCCCGACUCGAUGGACGCCCCGUUAAUGGCCGGUCGCCAGGACCGUGACGACGAGUUGGACUACCGCGACGCGGACGAGGAAGCCGAUGUCCUACCCCCGUCAAUGAAGCAUUCACAACCAUCAACGCCCAGUCUCUUCGUCUGGCUUCUUACCUUUGCCGCCGGCAUCAGCGGUUUGCUGUUUGGAUAUGAUACGGGCGUAAUAUCGGCAACUCUUGUCAAGAUCGAUACCUCACUCUCCAACCGAACCCUGACGACAUUCGACAAGUCCAUUAUUACAUCUAGUACUGCGCUCUUUGCGCUUCUCGUAUCUCCCUUCUCGUCCAUUGUCGCCGAUGCACUGGGCCGCAAGCGUGUUAUCCUCGUCGCCGAUAUUCUCUUCAUCCUUGGCGCAUUGAUGCAAGCAUGGGCCGGCACAGUCACGUCCAUGGUGAUAGGCAGGUCGAUAGUCGGCGCGGCUGUUGGAGCUGCCAGCUUCGUCGUCCCUCUGUACAUCGCUGAGCUGGCCCCUGCCAGCCAUCGUGGGCGAUUGGUGACGAUGAACGUCCUGUUCAUCACGCUAGGCCAGGUUGUUGCGUACAUCAUCGGUUGGGCUUUUGCAGAGUACGGCGACCAGUCCACGGGAUGGCGAUGGAUGGUUGGCUUGGGAGCUCUUCCUGCCGCCCUGCAAUGCUCAAUUCUCGUGCUGAUGCCUGAAUCACCACGAUGGCUCGUCAUGGUGGGCCAGUCGCUGAAGGCGAAGAAGGUGGUCGAGAAGGUCCUCGGCAACACGGUCGGCGGCAUGAGGAAUGCUGAGGCCGUCAUCAAGGAAAUCGAAAUCGAGAUUAGGGAGGAAAGAGAAGUCAUGAGACGGGAGGGAACGCCGCGCAUGGAGUGGUGGGGUGGAUGGCAAGAGCUGUUCUCGGUCGGGAGAAACAAGCGCGCGCUGGUCAUCACAUGCCUGCUCCAGGGUCUCCAGCAACUUUGCGGGUUCAAUUCGCUCAUGUACUUCUCGGCGACCAUCUUCAAGAUGGUGGGCUUCGGCUCGCCCACACUCACCGCCAUGAGCGUCGCCGUCACCAACUUCCUCUUCACGGUGGCAGCGCUGUGUCUCAUCGACCGUAUCGGAAGGCGCAAGAUUCUGCUCUACUCCCUGCCGUUCAUGGUUGCGGGGCUGAUGCUGGCGGCGUACGGGUUUUCUUUCAUCGACCUGCGGCCCGAAACGGCGGCCGCCAGCGAGGGCGGUACGGGCGAAGGAGCUGGUACGGAUAGAGGAGCGGCGGUGUUGAUUCUCAUCAGCAUUAUGGGGUACGUCGCUGCGUAUGCCCUCGGACUAGGCAAUGUGCCAUGGAUGCAGAGUGAGCUGUUCCCGCUGGCGGUGCGGUCCAUCGGCAGUGGAGUGUCAACUGCGACGAACUGGGGUGCCAACUUUGUCGUCGGCUUGACAUUCCUCCCGCUCAUGGAUGCACUCAGUCCUUCAUGGACAUUUGUACUAUACGCAUUGGUAUGCUUGCUGGGAUAUGGACUGGUCUGGCGCAUCUAUCCCGAGACGUCUGGCUUGACCCUCGAGGAGGCGACGAACCUGUUGGAGAACGGAUGGGGGGUCCGACGUAACAUCUGACUUCUGGAGGCCUGUAAUUGAGAUCGAAAGGGACCACACUGUUUUGUACAUUCAAUCGCUACCUAGAGGCAAUCUAGUCAAUUCAUCCUACUUUUGAAGAUGUUUAAUGCGGGAGUAUCUUGUAGGUGUGGAAACACGAGCGCACUGGACCAAAUGGUCUGUAUACUUUGCUACUGUUGAUCAAGAAGUAUGCACCUUGGUACACCAUGCCAUGUGUCUUAAAUUUCCAGUCAACCUACCUACAUAUACUCUCGAAGUAGCUAAAUAUGUCUCGACUUAUGUUUGUAGUUACCAUAUCAAAGUAAAUUCUACUCAUCUUUGUUCAGUGUAGCAUGUUUCAUUUGAAGAAUGGACGGGCGAAAUCCACGUCGUGCGAGAACCUUCUGAAGCAAUGGAUGCGGCAGGGGGAGCCAACAGCAUGGCUUCGUUCCAGGCCUUUCUGGAAAUUUUCAACUGUUGGACCG